UCCUGAUAGCAGCGAGGCUCAUGCGGCUGCUAUAGAAACCACGUUGCGACGCAAACCGUGCACGUGCACGGUGAGGGGGCGUGGCUGGAAAUAACAAGAGAGCGCGAUUGUUGCCAACGGUUAAUCAGCUCCGGAGCUCCAAGGACUUGAGAUUUCACCAUGCCGAUUCGCCGUGCCGUUAACUCUUCCAACCAGGAAAAUGCUCAAAAAAAUCGCCCUGCGGAAGGGGACAAGAAAGCAGAGCCUGAUGCUAGCUCUGAAGAGUCUGCAUCCACUGGAGAAGAACAGGAAACUGAAACUCCUCCCGCCACCUCCAGUGAAACGGAGCAGCCUAAGGACGCAGAGGCUGGUGAGGACAAGAAGACCACUGAAGGGGAAGUAACAGAGGAGGACAAGAAAGCUGGUGACAAGGAACCAUCCAAAGCGAAAGAGAAGAAAGUGAAAAAGACCAUUCCGUCAUGGGCGACUCUAUCUGCCAGCCAGAGGGCUAGGGCUCAGAAGCAGACGCCUAUAUCGUCUUCCUCUCGCCCCAAGAUGGACGCCAUCCUAACUGAGGCCAUUAAGGCGUGUUUCCAUAAAACUGGAGCUUCUGUGGUGUCCAUUCGGAAAUACAUUAUCAACAAGUACCCUUCCCUGGAACUCGAGAGGAGGGGAUACCUGCUGAAACAGGUGCUGAAGCGAGAGCUCCAAAGAGGGAUUAUUCGCCAGGUGAAGGGGAAGGGUGCGUCCGGCAGCUUUGUGGUGGUUUCCAACUCAAGCAAGUCUGCUCAGAAAUCUAAAGUUAAAAAGAAAAGCAACUCUGCACCUGAGACCAAUGUGAAGCUGGAAGAUAUCCUUCCCUUGGCAUUUACUAGAAUCUGUGAGCCCAAGGAAGCUUCCUACAGUCUGAUCAAGAAAUAUGUUUCCCAGUAUUACCCCAAACUCAAGGUGGACGUCAGGCCCCAAAUGUUGAAGAAUGCUCUUCAAAGAGCUGUAGAGAAAGGACAACUGGAGCAGAUCACAGGCAAAGGAGCUUCUGGAACCUUCCAGCUGAAGCGAUCUGGAGACAAACCCCUUCUCUCAGGAGGUCCAUUUGAAGAUGCGAUCUUAUCGGCCAUCACAGCCAUGAACGAGCCCAAGACCUGCUCCACCACGGCUAUUAAAAAAUAUGUUUUGGAGAACCACCCUGGAGUGAACUCCAGCUUCCAAGUUCAUCUGCUGAAACGGACUCUGCAGAAGUGUGAGAAGAACGGUUGGAUGGAGCAGAUUUCUGGAAAAGGAUUCAGUGGGACCUACCAGCUAUGCUUCCCAUAUUACCCCGGCCCUUAUGUGCUCUUCCCAGAGAAGCAAGAGGAGGAGGAGGAAGAAGAAGAAGAAUCUGAGGCUUCUGAAAAAGAGGAAGAAUCAUCUGAAGAGGAAGACUCCGAGGAAGACGAGCCCCCUCCAAAAAAAAGGAUGCAAAAGAGAGCUGCUCCUUCCAAAUCAAGGUCUAGAGCUCCUCCCCCUAAGCCUAAGAAGAGUGCCCCGAAACCCAAGGCAAAGGCAAAAGCAAAGAGUACCCCUAAGAAAGCCCCCCCUCCUGCACCUGCCAAGGCUAAGAAGGAAAAAUCUGCCCCUCCUCCUCCCCCGGCCAAAAAAGCUGCCAGUCGCUCUUCCAAGAAGCCAGCUGCAGGGAAGAAAGAUACGAAACCCGCUGCAAAGGCCAAGCCCAGCCAGAGAAAGUCACUGAGGUCAAAUAAGUGACCAGGGAUCAUAAAUGAGCGAACCUCCAGGAUGAUCCAUAAAUGAAGCUAGUAGUAAAUUUACAGGAAAAUUAAAAACAAACAAAAAAAACUUUUAUAAGGUCAAUGUCCAAAUUUUUAUUUUUUUUUCUUCUCAUUAUCGAGGCCUGAAACUUCCAGAAUUUUUUUUUUUAUUCUUUUCUUCAAAGAAUGGUGCAAAAUUAGAAUUUUUAGUAUAGAUGUAGCUGCCGUGUACCUCCCUAAUCCUUCACUGGCCUCAGAAAGAAACCAGCAAAUGCUUGUUUCCAUGUUCUUUGGGUUGUGUAAACUCUCCCUUUUUUAUUACAUUGUGUCAGUGUUUUACGCAAAAAUAUUCUCUGAUUUUAGUUUGUUUUUAUGCUAAAUUUAAAGUAGUUUUCAGUGACACAAUUAAAGUGGAGUCUGAAAGAUUAAAGUGUUUUAGUGGUCUCUGCUCUUCCAUCCUAAAAAACAAAUUUAGCCUAAUUUGUGUGGGUGGGCUUUUCAUUUAUUUAUUUUUUUCUGCCUUAACGAGUUAGAUAAUUAUUAUUUUUUUAAAUUUACUGCUCAAAUGUUACCACGGUAAAAAUAUCUGAAAUGCCACAGGUUUGAAAUGUCAGUUUAUUUACAGGCUUGUUGAAAGCAUCUAUAAGCUAAAACAUAAAGAUUUUGUUUGAA